CGGACUCCGGUCGCUGGGGACGCGGUUUGGGAGAGCCGGUGGUGACCGCGUGAGUGGAGCCGGGCUGUGUGGGUGCCCCAGCAUGGAUGGCUACGAAGUCCUGAGAGUGAUCGGGGAGGGCUCCUUCGGCAGAGCCCUUUUGGUUCAGCAGGAAAGCAGUAAUCGGAUGUUCGCCGUGAAGGAAAUAAGGCUUCCCAAGUCUUUCUCUGAGACACAGAAUUCUAGGAAGGAGGCUGUUCUGUUAGCCAAAAUGAAACACCCCAAUAUUGUUGCCUUCAAAGAAUCAUUUGAAGCUGAAGGACACCUGUAUAUUGUGAUGGAAUAUUGUGAUGGAGGAGACCUAAUGCAAAAGAUUAAACAUCAGAAAGGAAGGUUGUUUCCUGAAGAUAUGAUACUUAAUUGGUUUACACAAAUGUGCCUUGGGGUAAAUCACAUUCACAAAAAACGUGUGUUACACAGAGAUAUCAAAUCCAAGAAUAUCUUCCUCACCCAAAAUGGAAAAGUGAAACUGGGAGAUUUUGGAUCUGCCCGUCUUCUCUCUAGUCCCAUGGCGUUUGCUUGUACAUAUGUGGGAACACCUUAUUAUGUGCCCCCAGAAAUUUGGGAAAAUAGGCCUUAUAACAAUAAAAGUGACAUCUGGUCCUUGGGAUGCAUUCUGUAUGAACUCUGUACCCUUAAGCAUCCAUUUCAGGCAAAUAGUUGGAAAAGUCUUAUCCUCAAAAUAUGUCAGGGGUCCAUGAGCCCCCUGCCAUCUCGUUAUUCCUAUGAGCUUCAGCAUCUCAUCAAGCAGAUGUUUAAGAGGAAUCCCUCACAUCGUCCUUCAGCUACCACCCUUCUCUCUAGAGGCACUGUGUCCAGGCUCAUCCAGAAGUGCUUACCCCCGGAGAUCAUCACAGAAUAUGGUGAGCAGAUAUUAGAAGAAACCAAAGAAUCUAAGCAUAGUACACCAAGAAAAAGGGACCCCAGCAGAAGCAGGGUAGCUUUGGAAAAUGAAGCAAGCACAAUGCAAGUGGAAGAACAAGGUAGAAAGUGUAGCCACACAGAUUUAGAAAGCAUUAAUCAAAAUUUGGUUGAAAGUGCAUUGAGGAGAGUAAACAGAGAAGAGAAGGAUAAUAGAUCAGUCCAGCCGAGGACAGCCAGUUCACCAGGUCAUCUCAGGCGACAGUGGGAGAAAAAUGUCUCCAGUACAGCUCUGACAGCUUUGGAAAAUGCGUCCUUACUCACCUCCAGUUUAACAGCAAAGGAUGAUAGAGGUGGUUCUGUAAUAAAGUACAGUGAAAAUAAUCCCCGUAAGCAGUGGCUCAAAGAAACUCCAGAAACCUUGUUGAACAUGCUUAAGAAUGCUGAUCUCAGCUUGGCCUUUCAAACUUAUACAAUCUAUAGACCAGGGUCAGAAGGGUUCUUGAAAGGCCCCCUGUCUGAAGAAACAGAAACAUCAGACAACGUUGAUGGAGGUCACGAUUCUGUCAUUUUGGAUCCAGAGAGACUCGAACCUAGGCUGGAUGAGGAGGACACGGACUUUGAGGAAGAAGAUGACAACCUUGACUGGGUGUCAGAACUGAAGCAGCGAGCUGGCUGGCAAGGUGUCUGAUGGAUAAUGCUGAAGGAAACGUUCUUAGUCACAUUGAGUAGAUGUUUCAAAUGAGGAGUUAAUGUUUGGAUAAUAAUUAACUCACGAAAUGUAUAUUUUCCUUUGGAAACAGUUUGAAGAGGGAGAAACUGUGAAUAUUUAAAAUUGUUCCAGAUUAGUAUCACGAGGUUUAAAAAAUCUAGAACUGUGAGUUUUUGAACUCAGAGGAGAAGGCAUAGGAUAAUGGGAAUGAGCUUUGGGCUUUGUGGUCAGAUAGAACAGAAAUGGGAUGCUACCAUGUACUGUUGGUGUGACUGUGGGAAAUUAUUUAACCUCCAAGAGCCCGAAUUUCCUUAACUAUAAAAUGGAGAUAAUAAUGCCUAGCUCACAGGGAUGCUGACCAUGGACCAUUACAGCAGCCCAUAAUGUUCUUAUUUGCAUUGUUAUGAUUUGUGUUUAUUACUAUCUAACUCUUUUUACAUUUCCUAAAGGUUUGAGGAUCUGAAUAUAUUUAAUUAAAAUAAUGUGUGCGA